GGACAGGACCGCGGUGGCCAAAAUGGGAGCGGUGGCCAGCGCCAGCGUGUGCGCCCUGGUGGGGGGAGUCGUCCUGGCCCAGUACAUCUUCACCAUGAAGAAGAAGACGGGCAGGAAGACCAAGAUCAUCGAGAUGAAAUCCAAAUUUGCCUGCUGCAUCCAUCAAAGCAUUCAGUGAAGGUCAAAGGUUCUGUUGUUGGUGCACCAGCUGAUCGUCUGUAAGCUGUAUCGCUGAGCAUAACAAAGUGCUGUGCAUUGCUGAUGUGCGUCACAGGACCCUGGGUUUUUGCACAGGGAUUAGUCAGGCUGUAUUUGGAAACGCCCUCAACUGCACCUUGUGCUGCUAUAUUAGUGUUUCCCAAGCAAGAAGAAUUUUCUUUCACUCCUUCAGCUGCUCCGGCAAACCCCUCCGCCUGUAUGCAAGCCCUGCAUCUCUGGACGUUGCUUACCACCUAUGCUGUUGCAGUAGGACAAAAUCAAGGACAGAAGAAUCAAGAGUGCCCUAAGCUCAACGCACAGAUGCCAGAAUUUCAGAAGAAGACUGUCCAUAUCAAGGACCCAGGAAGAGUAGAAGAAAUCAUCUGUGGACUCAUCAAAGGUGGAGCUGCCAAACUUCAGAUCAUUACAGAUUUUGAUAUGACAUUAAGUAGAUUUUCUUACAAUGGAAAAAGAUGUCCAACAUGUCACAAUGUCAUUGAUAACUGUAAGCUCAUCACAGAAGAAUGUCGGAAAAAGUUGUUGCAGCUGAAAGAAACAUAUUAUGCUAUUGAAAUUGAUCCUGAUCUUACCAUUGAAGAAAAAUAUCCUUACAUGGUUGAAUGGUACAAUAAAUCACAUACUUUACUUGUUGAACAAGGUUUACAAAAGGAUAAAUUUGCAGAGAUCGUGAGGGAAUCUGAUGUUAUGCUGAAGGAAGGAUAUGAGAACUUCUUUGAUAAGCUCAAUGAACAUAAUAUUCCUGUGUUCAUAUUUUCUGCUGGGAUUGGAGACAUUCUAGAGGAAGUCAUCCAUCAGGCUGGUGUCUACCAUUCUAAUGUCAAAGUAGUUUCCAAUUUCAUGGAUUUUGAUGAGAGCGGUGUGUUAAAGGGAUUUAAAGGAGAAUUGAUUCAUGUUUAUAACAAACAUGAUGGUGCCUUGAAGAACACAGAGUACUUCAAACAGUUAAAAGACAACAGCAACAUCAUAUUGCUUGGAGAUUCACAGGGAGACUUAACUAUGGCAGAUGGAGUAGCAAAUGUUGAACACAUUCUUAAGAUUGGCUAUCUAAAUGAUAAAGUAGAAGAGCUUCUGGAAAAAUACAUGGACUCUUAUGAUAUUGUUUUGGUGAAAGAUGAAUCUUUGGAUGUGGCCAAUUCCAUCCUACAGAAAAUCCUGUAAAUUGCAUCCUCAAGUCAUUCUACUUCUCCUAAUGGACAGAAGAGCACAUUUGUGUUAUCUUAGAGAUGUGUUUAUUAUUCAUAUUGUUUUCUGAACUCUUGUAAUUCUUAAUUUAAAAAUUUUGAUCAUCACUUUGGUAUCUAAAAGUAAUAUACAGCAUCCAUUGUCAACUGGAAGCUUUACUGUUCUUAUGCCACCCCUCACUGUCUCUCACCUCUGCUCUGUUUUAACAAAUGUGAUUAACUUUACUGCUUAGAAGACAUUACAAUUUGUUCUUUUAAUCAUGCAUAUGAGAGGGGUGUUUUAGAAAUUGGAGUUAUUUUGUAACAUUUAAGAUGUAAACAUUCUGUGAUUAGCUAAUGUGCAGGGGUCUGUGUUGCAUUUUGUACAGUCCUGAGUUGUCUCUCACACAGACAGCUAUUUUCAAGAAUCAUAGUUGCACAUGAGGGUAGUGGUGUUAUUUUAAUGUUUCACAAUACAAGUUUUCAUAAUUUUUUUUCCCCUGGUGAAAAUGAUACAACAUAAAGAUGUGAUUCAGACAAAAUGUUA